AGUUUUUAUCGGCCUCCUCUCGUCUCUCGUUCACUCUCGCUGAGGAUCGUUCACGAAACGUUGGUCUGCGCUGCGUUGUUUACACAUGUUAGUCGGUGAAGGUGAAGUUCUUGGUUAGUUCCUUCGAGAGUCAAGUGCGUCUGUUUGUCUGGCGAAAAUUUAUUUUCAACAAAAUCAACUUGUCUUUGCGUGCUUACAACAACAUGGCAGAUAUGUCAACGAAUGUGGGCAUCACGCGGAAAAUGUCCUUCGGUAUAAACGGCAAAUUUAACGGCGUCGAGAGCAAGACGCCUUUUCUGAUAGGCGUCUCCGGCGGCACUGCAAGUGGAAAAUCCACAGUAUGCAAGCGUAUAAUGGAGAAAUUAGGACAAGUCGAUAUGGAUCAUCAGCAGCGCCGGGUAGUCUGCAUAUCACAAGACAGCUUUUACCGCAACCUGACACCUGCUGAAAAAUUGAAAGCUGAGAAGGGGCAGUACAAUUUUGAUCAUCCUGAUGCAUUUGAUGAUGAUCUAAUCUUACAAACGCUACAGGAUAUACUUGCCGGGGUCAAGUGUGAAAUACCAGCUUAUGAUUAUAGGACAAACAGUUUAAUGAAAGAUCAAGUUACCACGAUAUAUCCUGCCGAUGUGGUGCUGUUUGAAGGAAUACUGGUAUUCUACUUUCCUAAAAUUCGUGAUUUGUUUCACAUGAAAUUGUUCGUAGACACUGAUUCUGAUACCAGGCUUGCGAGAAGAGUACCAAGGGACAUAAAGGAACGUGGAAGGGAUUUGGAUUACGUCCUAAAUCAGUACAUGAACUUUGUAAAACCAGCUUUUGAAGAAUUCUGCUUACCAACAAAAAAAUUUGCAGAUGUUAUAAUACCAAGAGGAGCAGAUAAUACAGUGGCAAUAGACCUAAUAGUGCACCACAUCUGGGAUAUUUUGCGUUUGAAAAAGGCCGAAAAUUCAACCGGGCAGCAUCCAUUCUUCUACCAGCAUAGGCGUACCUCGGCCUCAUCCGACACACUCAGCAGAUGAUUUAAGCAUGAUAAGCUCACUCUGUCAAGCACUGCAUUUUUUUUUACACCAUACCCCUACGUAUGACUGAAUACAAUACUGAUAAUUCUUUUUUAUUUUAAAUACUCGGAUAGAAGUAAUGUCCGUUUUUCAAUACGGAAUUAAUCGCACAUUUAAAUUAUCAAUAUAAUUUAAUAACAAAUAGAUUGAUAAAUACGUGAUAUAUAAGGAUAAAUGGUUGUUAAGCAAAUGAAAGAAGAAACAAAUGAAUUUGAGAAAUAUUUUUGUCAUAAUAUUAAAAUAUCUGUCGUCUUGCAACAAAUAUAAAAUUAUCAUGCAAGACUGAAUUUAUGUUUCAUUACAUUUUAUUACAUAUUUGUUUCUACUGUGAUAUGUAUACAAAAAAUGUAUACUAAAUUAUUAAGCAUAAUUUUUUUUUAUUAAUUCAAGUUUUUAGAAAUAUUGGUGAAAACGGACAUUGUUUUCCCCCUAAAUACAUGAUCUUUGUGGGAUUAUAUCUUAUUCUUAUAUGACAGAGAGAAUGGCUUUUUAUAUGUAUUUUAUCCUGUAUGAACAUUUUUGUGUGAGUUUUGAAAUGUAAUUUUAAACCAAAGAAAAUGCAUGAAAUUGUGUAGAUUCAAUGAAAGAUAGAUGAAUUAGAAUGUAUUUAUAGCAAUUGAUAUCAAUGAAACUGAACUUUUCCAACUAUUUUCCAAUUCUGAAUUCGGUUUCCAAUAUUUUUCUAUUUCUUCCUAUAUUGUCAAUAUAUUCCAGCAGCACUUGGUAUCCUUCAUAAUGCAAUUUAUUGAGAAUAAUACAAUAUCUCUAACAUUUUUUUAUAUAAAUUAUAGUAAUAUAUUUAAAGAAUAUGCAAUAUAAUCGUUAGAGUAAAGAAAAGAUGUGAUAUAGAAGGAGCUUUGCUUUAAAAAUAUAUCUUGAUUCAUAUAUCUUGAUAAAUUAAAAUUUUCUCGUUUCUCUAGAAAAGAGGAAUGAAGGUAAGAAAUCGUAAAAAGAUAUAAAACGCGAUUAAACAAUUUUGAAAGUGGUUUCCUGAUUUAAAAGAUUAGGAAUUCAAUAUUCUCUAUAAUGAAUUUCUAUAAAUUUAUUUUAAUUUCUAUUUUCAUUUCCUUGUAAAGACAUUAUUACUUAACAUUAUUUAUAUAGCUAUCUAUGGUCACUCAAGUUUCUGGACAAAUAUCUCAAGUAUUAUGCAAAAAAAUCUAUAUACAUAAUAUGUAUGUAUGUGCGCGUGAUUGUGUCUGUUAUAUGUAUGUGUAUAUUUUUGUGUAUAAAUAUAGGUAUUACUUAAAGUUUUAGACUUUUUUUAUGCCUUUUUUUUUACUUUCAAUCGCUUCAACAUGUUUUGCAUUUUUGCAUAAUACUUUAUAAUAUAAGCACAUACAAGUAUUCUUUAGAGAAAGCAUAAUUAUCUGAGUUAAUUUAUCUAGUUUGACUUAUUUAUGUAUCUCGAAAUAAAUAUUCAUCUACCGCACUCAUAAUAUUGAUUCUUGUACAUAGGUAUAAACAUACAAGAGAUAUGCCAAAACUGUUGCAGUUCCUUUCAGUAGCAUUUCCCGCGAAAAAUCUCAAAGCUAGAAUUUUGUUUAAUGUAACUCAUAAUAGAACUGUAUUAUUUGCACAACUUUCUUUACAAUAGCUAUUAAGUCUGAAAAAUGCAACUUUUUUUAUCAUGUAUUUGUUCAUUAACUUCUUAUUAAAAUCUUUUAAUUUUCGAUUAUACAUAGACACACAUUUUAUUUUCACAACUUUAAGACGACAUCAAUUCUUCUCAAUCUACAUAUCUAUAGUCAUCAGAGGAUACAAGUUUUGGCAGACAGCUCUAUUGUACAUUGUUAACAAAGAAAAGAAAUAGACUUCUUGUAUUUACAAAACGAUAUAAUGAACACAAGUGUCUUAUGCAUAAUAAAUCACAUGUAAUCAUAAUGCAAUUACAAUUGUUAUCUAAAAUAUUAGCAAUUAAUAAUCCAGAUAUCUAUAAACAAUUAUGUUAUAUUGUUCCAAGAUGUCCUACAAUAUAUAUUGUCAAUAAAGAGAAGUUUAUUAUCCCCAAUAUA